UUUCAAGCUAACGCAGAAACAACGAAAACAGCUGCGAGCACAAAAAAAGACAGGCAUAGAAAGGAAGGGACAUAGUCUGCCAACUAGCGAGCUAUGUGGCAGGACAGAGUGGGAGAACAAGACUGAAAAAGGCCUAUUAUUAAAACCACGUAAAGGCGUCCAGGACGCGUUACUAACGGCGUUUCUGGCUUCGAAGACGAUUUUCUUUCGCAAGCUGGAAUUCGACAACGCAGCAGUGAGCACGGCAGAGAGAUAACAAAAAGGCCAAACUACCAGACGACAAGGACGCGUCAGUACGAGCUGCCAGGCUGUAUUUUUCCUCUCGAGUGCCCUCUUUAUAUAUGAGGAGGAAGACAGCACACAAGGACCACAAACUGGAGAGUCAAGGCAGAGAGAAGGCAGUGGAAACAGAAGAAGGACUGACAGAAAAGGCAGCAGUCUCACCCAUCAAACCAACAGACGGAAUAGAGGAAGGAAGAAAGGAGUACAAAAGCGAGACAGCAAGAUAAACCCCUGGCUUUCUAAAGAGGGGAUUCAAGCUGGAAUGACUCCAUCAUGAUGCCCCAGCCAUGCCAAAACCUAUGCCCAGGUGACCAAGGAGGGCAUGUCUGGUUAUCAACCAAUCAGAAAUGGAUCCUUAGCAGACUUACCUCAGAUUUUGAUUCAGAGACAUUUCCUUUCAUUGACCUCCUGAAUCACUGACACUCUUUCAUUCAGGCCAUAGCUCCUUCACUCCUGCUCCUCCUGGAGUCUUUAUUGUUUCCAUUUCCUUUCCUGGGAUGUUGGUGUGGCUUCAUGGCAACUGCCAUGGAGAUAGAUUGGUUCCUUUAGUCGACUAUUUUAGACACAAACUCCAGAUGUUGGGCCAGAAGCAAGUCGUUUACACGGGCAGAAACAGACAGGACAGGCACAGAGGUGCUGUGCAGCUCUGCUUCCUGAUUCCCACAGUUUGACAACAUCAGAGCAGGAACUAUAGGACCUCCUUAUCCUGUGGACAUCUUGCUCUGACACUUGUGAGGACCAACUUGACCUUGCUGCAAAAAAAAACUUUGUCAGGACUCUUAUCCUUUAGAAACCAUGCGGCACAUCCACGUGGAGUUAGCCCACAAAAAGGCUCCAUUAGAGCUUCCAGCCCAGGAGGGGGAUUUGCCUCCACCCACUGCCCCUUUACAGGGGCUGGAUGCCGGCAUCAGACCAGGGGCACCCAGGCACCUUGGCCAGGAGGAGCUGCGACUCCAAAAGGUCUAUCAGCUCUCCAUUUUCUCCCAGUCAGGGGGGUUUUCUACCUCCACAGAAUCUCACAAUGAUACUCAACAGAGACCAGUCCGGUUGGCAGUGAAAAGGGGACUAGAGGAACCCCACAUGAUCCAUAAGCGUCCCCACCUAGGAGAUUGCACAGAUAAAGAUAUGUUGGAGGGAGGGGUGCUGUGUGGGCCUGCCCCAGCUCAAGGAGUUGGGAUGGGGUUAGUGACAGGCCCUGCUGGGCUAAGUUCUGUUUUUUCUUGCACACAGAUGGAGCACAGAGACUCUGAAGGAGGACUGUCACCCAGGUCUCCUUCCCUCUCCCCAGUCCACAACCUCUCCCGUCGCCCAACACAGCACAAUCAUGACAGGCCCAUUCCUGAUGUAUUUUCUCCCCUCUCGCCUAAAUCCCCCCCAAUGUGCGACCCACAUGGCCACCUCUCUGACCAGGGCUAUUCCCUCGGGAGCUCAGCCAGAACUGAGACGACCAAUGGGAGCCACACACCAACCUAUUCAAAUGAGAGCUAUAGUAAUGGCUCAUCUGGAGGCCAGCCCAGUCCUCACUUAUAUGACGUGUCAACCUAUGAGACCCCCAACCCCGCCAGCCCCACCAGCCCUCCAGGCCCUUUCUCCCCCCCACACCACACAGAGCUGCAGGAGCCAGGGGAGGCCACUGAAUGGGAGGUUGGACUUGAAUCCUCUCCACCUGAGCGAAGUGCCACCCAGACUGCGUCCUCCCCCUCUAAUGGCCUAGCUUCAUGGGAGAAAACUCCCAGCAGUAAUGGCCACCGUCUCUCAGCUGGAGGGCACUGGCCAGCCAAAAAGAGGCUGCUUCCUCCAAGCGACACAGGGGAGUCAUGCUCCGAAGACGAGGGACCUUCUACAUCAAAGAGAAGCAGGCUGUCACUGUUGGCUACAGGACUGGGCCCGACCUCAUGUCGCAGCACUGAUGCUAAAGCUGCACCUUACUGGAACCAUUUGCUGCCCUCUGCAUGGGACCGGCCAAAGACUGCCACAGACUGCACAAGAUCAGGGAGACGGCUGAAAAAUGGCCUUCGACUGAAAAGUCGGCAGCUCCGCAGUGGGAGACACACACACACCAGCCACUCCACACGUUCCAGUUGGCCCUCAUCGACCAUCAGCAGAGCACUUCUCGGCAACUUUGAGGAGUCCAUACUGAAGGGACGCUUCUCCCCAUCUGGCCGGAUUGAAGGCUUCACAGCAGAGAUUGGUGCCAGUGGCUCCUAUUGCCCACAGCACGUCACCCUGCCUGUGCAGGUUACGUACUAUGACAUCUCGGAGCACAGUGCACCCUCACCCUUCCUGGGGGUGAUAUCUCUCGAGCCUCUAGGAAAGAAAGGAUACAGCAUACCCAAAGCAGGGACCAUACAAGUGACCUUAUUUAAUCCCAACAAAACUGUGGUGAAGAUGUUCCUGGUGACAUACAACUUCAGCGACAUGCCUGUCAAUCACAUGACCUUCCUACGCCACCGAAUCUUCCUGGUGCCUGUAGAGGAGGGGUUGGAGGGGAGAGGCGAGGCGUCACCAGGGGGUGGAGUUCAAGACAGGAAGAAGAUUCUCUGCUACCUGAUACAUCUCAGAUUCCAGAGCUCCAAAUCUGGGAAGAUCUACUUGCACAAUGAUAUACGGCUGCUAUUCUCCCGCAAAUCCAUCGAAGUGGACACAGGGAUCCCUUAUGAGCUGAAAUCUUUCACCGAGGUGCCAAGAAACCCUAAAUACUCCCCCCGCGUGUGACCUCGGCUUGACCCAACUGACCCUCUCUGACGUCAAUACAACCCCUCCUGUGCUUCCUAAAAAAGGAGGAAAGGAACAGACAGACUGCAAGAAUGAUGGACACAAAACUUGAUGAGACUUGAUGAGACACACCACAUGCACAUGAGACACACGUGCACAAAUGAUAGUUUAUGUGAGAGUAAAAGUCCUGCUUUUGUGCAUUUGUUCCCUUAAAAUAAUAAAAAAAGAUAAUACUCAACCAAACAGGGCAUUCCUUGUAUCUUCCAUUGUUAGAAAUAAUGCAGGAGCGUGCAUGCAGUCAAAAGCAGGACUUUGACAAAAUCUAAAAUAGAAUUGCACAAACACUGACACACACCAAACAGACUGAGAAGACUCACACACAGCACAUAUUUUACACUUGUGGUGGCGACUCUUCAGUGUUAACAUGCAUGCCUUGUGACUGAAACACCUGAAUUUUCCUCUAGUGCCGUAUCACACUGUCCUUCACUCUGCCUGCAGCUCUAACCGCCUCAUCGGACCAAUAAUUUUCACAGCUUUGAUUGACGAAAGGCCAUAAAGUAAAGGUACUCUGCUGACUGUGGAUUGCAUUAAAGAAUGACCCCCUCCUAACAUAAAACACACUUAAACAGUUUUAACAAGUGAAGUGGAGGCUAUAAAAAGGCACUACACUAGAGAGAGUAAAGGCUGAAAUUGAACCAGCUAGCUUGUUGGAUGUCCUUAUAAUUUGAAACAAAACAGAAAAAGUUACCCAUAUAAUUUGACUAAACUCUGUUGAAGAGCAUGUUGAAGAAAAGAUUGAACCAGUCACUUUUUCACAAAUCUUGGUACAUACCACUGUGAACACUUAAAACCAGGAGGGUCAUACAAUGACAUGAACACAGGGGAUUCAUUAAAUGUAGCCAGACUGAGGGACACUGUGCUGAUUUCUUUUUUAAAACUUUCUUUUUUAGAUUCUCUUCAGAACAGACUGAUGUUGAUGCAGAAAAUGAAAAAAAGACAACAAGUUGUAGUAGAUUUUAAUUUAUGUUUUUCGCAAAUGUCUUAAAAAGCAAUAUGCUGCACAAAGUAGAGUGUGUUUUUUCAGCCAGACGAGCUUUCUCACUGGAGCAGGGAAAGGAGAAAGUGAAAAACUGAGAGUGAGGGAAAG